AUGGCUGAUGCUGAGGGCAUAUUCAGCGAAUGCUUCGUCGCGUUCGUCCCCAGCGCGCAGCUGGCUCCGAAACUGAUCAGCAGUCUCUCGACUAUUCUAACGGAGAAUGGCGCCACAACGGUCGACUAUCGACGCGAUGGAUCCAUACCAAUUGACCGAGUCACGCACAUCGUCUCCAACACGAUUGACUUCCCGCAGUACAUCGACUCGCAGGCGUACAUGAUUCCGGUUGUCAACACGCACUGGAUCACCAUUUCAAUAUCUCGGCGGAAGCAAGCGCAAGUACGGCCGUUUUCGCCCGAUCCCCGCAUGAUCUUCUCCGAAGUCGUGGUUACGUGCGCGGAUCUGCCGCAGAUGGACAAGGAGAGCAUCUUGGGAGCGACCAUGGCGCUGGGAGGGCAGGAGUCAAAGGACGUGGGCAGGCUGACCACACACGUCUGCGCGCUGUCCAUGGACCAUCCCAAGGUUGUGUUUGCAAUGGGGAAAGCCUGGAAGGGCAAGAUAGUUUUGCCGCACUGGUUUGAUGAUUGCUUCAAGUUGGGAAAGAGAAUCGACGAGGGUCCCUAUCUUCUUCCCGACCCCGAAAUUCUGAAAAAAGACGCCGAUGAAGAGCUCGACAUUCCGUCAAAUAACAACUUGGUCGGCGCAUCAUCAGCGAACCCUGAGUUUAUAUCUCUGUCUGACGGAAACUCGGCCAGACCGCCUGUUACCGUCUUUCAGGACAAGCUUAUCUUGCUCGGUUCCGACCUAAAGAUAACACCCCGCCUCGAGAAGGCUUUGAAAGAUAUCAUCGUGUAUGGUGGUGGUCGAUUGGUGCAGGAUGUGGAAGAGUGCACUACCUUGAUCUGCCAGUACCGAGACGGCGAGCAGUACGUGAAAGCCUCUCAGGCUUGCAAGGAAGUUGGCAACUUGUCCUGGCUCUAUUUCCUCAUUGUUCACAACGACUGGACGUCACCCCUGCGUCGCUUACUCCAUUACCCCAUCCCUAGGAAUGGCAUCCCAGGGUUCAAGGAUCUGCGCAUCACCGUGUCCAACUACGGUGGCGAGGCUCGCAUCUACCUCGAGAACCUUAUCAAGGCUUGCGGCGCCGAAUUUACCAAGACUAUGAAAGCGGAUAACACCCAUCUCAUUACUGCUCGCAACUCUAGUGAAAAGUGCAAAGCUGCUCCUGAGUGGGGGAUCACAGUGGUAAAUCACCUCUGGGUUGAAGAAUGCUACGCCAAAUGCGAAAUCCAGCCUGUCAACAUUAAAAAGUACAACCACUUCCCUCCUCGGACAAAUCUGGGCGAAAUCAUCGGACAGACCUCUUUCAAUGAGUCUCGGCUGAGAGAUUUGUUCUACCCCGGGGGUGAGGAGAGCAUGUCCCCAAGAGCGAAGAGAAAGAGAAAGAUCCUGGAGGCUGCUGAAGACAACGCGUAUUCACACGGUCCCGCGGAGGGCGUAGUGAUAGGCGAGGUGGCGCACGGAGGGGAUUCAGACACCACGCAGGAAGACAAUAGCGAAGAGGAUAUCAUUCCUUCAGCUGCUGCUGCAAAGAAGGGUCGGCGUACUGCGCAACAAGUCACGCCAGUAAGAUCCCGGCCUGGCAAGGAAAACGUGACGCCGGUUGCCAAUUCCAGCGGGGGACGUAGUGCCAAGGCAAAGGCCAUGAACAUGCUCUCAACAAUUGCUCCAGAUAUUGCGCUCUAUGAAAAGGAGAAGAAGAGAAAUACCAAGCCAGGAACUCCAUUUGGUGGCAAGCGAGCCGCAGAGCUGGCAGAAAAGGAGAAGGCUGGGAGUGCCAAAAAAUCAACGAGCCAUAGAGAUGACGCAGAUGACGAAGACCGCCCGGCCAAGAAGUCCCGGCCAUCUCUACCUGGCGUCGAAAUGCGCGUUAUCCUAACGGGGUUUACAAGAUGGGUGGGUAACCAAAAUAAAGAAGAUCAAGAUCGGAGAAAACUCCGCGAUCUUGGUAUUCAAAUUGUCCUAGAGGGCCAGCCUUGUGACUACCUAGCCGCGCCGCAUGUUGUGAGGACGGUCAAAUUCCUGUGUGCCCUGGCCCGCGGCCCUACCGUCAUAUCCUCUACGUUUAUCGAAAAGGUUCUCGAGACUGGUAAGCUUCAGGACGUGGACGACUUUAUCCUCAAAGACUCCGAAGCCGAAUCCAAGUACGACAUUGACCUCGAGAGGUCCGUCAGCAGGGCCAAGGCUCACCGCGGCAAGCUCCUUCGAGGCAUUCCCGUCUACUGCACCGACAAGAUCAAGAAUGGACCCGACAGCUAUCGCGCUAUAGCGGAAGCCAACGGUGCCACGUUCAUGAUAUAUCGCGCACGAAGUGGAUCGACCAUCAAGCCAACUACUGCAGAGGAAGACAACUUUGCACCUCCCGAGCCGGUCUAUCUUCUGAGCGGUUCCACCCCGGAGGAGAAGCAGCUGUGGCCACGCUUCAGGGACAUGGCAGAAAAGGGCCAUAUGGAACCGCGUGUGGUAUCGCCUGACUGGCUUCUCGACGUAGCAAUGGCACAGCAAGUGCGAUUUGACAAGAAGUUUCUGCUCGACACAGAAUAG